AUGUCGGUAUUUUCGCUAGAUGCAAGCCAUGGCAAUCCGGUCACGAAAGAAACUCUUGAGGCACUAUGCUCUCAGCUUGGGGUCAGUAUCGAAGAUAAAGAAAAGGAGGACUACCGCCGCUUACUAGCUGUGUUCCACGAUGCAAGCGAGCAACUGAUGGUUAUGGAUGACUACGUCCCAAUAGUCGACGGGGAACGCUUCCCAAGAGAAGAUGUUCAUUUCCCGGAGAAAUCCGAGAAUUCUCAUGGCGCUUGGGCAUGGAGGUGUGACAUCGUCGACAAAAAAGCUAAGAGUAACGGCAAACUCCAUGGUAAAACGUUCGCUUUGAAGGACAACGUUGCGGUGAAAGAUGUCCCAAUGCUGCUAGGUACGAACUUCAUUAAAGGAUAUGUCCCAGAUGUCGAUGCGACUGUCACUACACGCAUUCUAGAAGCCGGUGGUCAGAUUCUUGGUAAAGCCGUCUGCGAGAACAUGUGUCAUUCUGCAACAAGCCAUUCCUCGGGUACUGGAGUAGUGGAAAACCCAUUCGCCAAGGGAUAUAGUGCUGGCGGAAGUUCAAGUGGCGCAGGCGUACUUGUAGCGCUGGAUGAGGUCGAUGGAGCGAUCGGUGCAGACCAAGGCGGUAGCAUCCGCGUACCAGCCGCCAAUUGCGGUAUCGUUGGGCUAAAACCUACAUUUGGCCUUGUACCAUACACAGGAUGUGGAAGUAACGAACCCACGAAUGACCACGUCGGCCCAAUGACACGAACAGUGCUGGAGAAUGCCGUCUUGCUUGAAGCCAUUGCCGGAACCGACAAUAUUGACGACCGCUCCUUCGCUGCACCCCACCCAUUCAAAAUACCCAUCUACAGCUCCAUCAGUAACCUUCCUACGCACAAACCACUCCAAGGCAAGCAUUUCGCCAUAAUCACCGAGUCCCUCUCAACGCCCGCCAUAGACUCACGAAUAAUUCAAACCUUCCGCACCGCAGUCUCUAAAUACACAGACCUCGGUGCCACAGUCAGCGAGAUCUCAAUACCCCUUCACUCCAAGGGUGCAGCAAUAUGGACCGGCAUAUCAAAGGUUGGCGGUUUCCUUGCGAAAACUACGGGCUCAUUUGGACGCCGUGGACACCAGAUGCUCGGGUUGAACUCUUUGCUACAUCCAAUGGGCCAGGACAACUGGAACGAAGCAUACGCCUCAACGAAAAACAUCUAUUUGAACGGCCUCUACGCAACACAACAGUUUCCAAACCUCCUCGCUAAAGCAACGAAUCUGUCGAGACAACUACGCGAUGCGUAUGAUGCGGCGCUGCGACAGUAUGAUAUCCUACUUACGCCUACCCUGCCGUAUGUGGCGACGAGUCAUGCGAGCGUUGAUGCGACGCCGCUGGAACAGAUUGCGAAGCAAAUUGGAUUGACGUCGAAUACGGCGCCGUUCAAUCAAAGUGGGCAUCCGGUGCUAGCGAUGCCGAUUGGUAUGUUACCAGUGUUGGAGGGACCAGGGGUUGAGAAGGGAGUUAGAUUACCUGUUAGCAUGCAGGUUAUUGGAAAGUGGUGGGAUGAAGUAGGUGUUUAUGAAGCGGCAUUUGCGUGGGAGAGGGAAAAUGAUUGGAAGGGUAUGUGA